AUGUCUCAAUCCCCAUCGACUUGCAGACUACUCGUUUUUGGUCGCGACAAGAGUGUUCCAUUCAGAAGACUCCCAGGCCCCUUCCUCUAUCUGACUUGGGGGAAAAUUGCCCAAGUCUUCUUUGAGAAGGAUCAAUACGUCUUCUCUGGAAUCAUCAACUACCUCGAGUCAAGGGGUGUCCAGGUUCGAUCCUUUGCAAACGCAGAUGACCUGGGUCGAGCGCACGACGAGUUUUGCCAAAAAAACCACACGGAUGGACGGCAUGGAGCCCUUCCCAAUCGUCACGAGCCGUGGCCGCUCCACAAGAUAUUUGCACGAAUGUGUGAGGGCAUCAUGUACGACAACGAUCCUCAGGGGUUUAUUGAUCUCUGGGAGAAUGUACCGCCCUCCCCAGAGGCCCCCCCGUCAUAUGCAACCGACCCCCCUGCUUCGGAACACCCCUCGCUGGACUUGGACAACUCCUCGCGUCCCUCUGAUGUUGACUUCGAUGCACCCACUCCAUGUCGUACAGGCCCAAGUCGAGAUAGGUUGGCGCAACGUAGUCAACGGAUUCGUACGGCACACUACAGACUUCAUCAACAGGCAACGUCCUCUGAGGACGACAUGGAGACCUGCGUCCAGCCCUCAUCCACUGUUCCCUCGUUGGCUCCCUUGUCCCCAUUCACAGAUAUUCAGCAACGGUCGCCUCCUUCCCCCUUCGGCAAAAUGAACGUCACUCCCCCACCCGCCGCAGCGCCAGAACAUCAUGCAUCCGAUUUCUAUCUCUCCUCAAAUGCCAAUGAUGGCCCUUUCUGGCUGGUUCGGCUUGAACCUUCGCGCUCCUUCAUGUUCCACGAUCAGCGCUCGGCCAAUAAUAUCUUUGCCCAGUGGCAUCAAGCUGGACGAGAUGGCGAUCGCUUGAAAACGACUGGAGUUGUAGAUCUGCCCGACCGCAUCCUACGUGAUAACACAAUCAGAAACCCGUUCUAUGGAGUUCGUGGUGGUCGUAACCACGGAGUAUUCAAGGACGCGGAGCGUGCUCAAGCCUUUUUCCUACUCGAAUGUGAAGAGUGGAACAACACGUCCAUGAUCAUUUGCAACAAUUACAACCAGGCCGUUCACUGGGCUACUGACAGGCCCCCGCUCUAA